AUGACCGCCCAGCGCCGGGAGCGGCGGCGGCAGCGGCGGCCUGGGAGGGGGCUUCUCCAGGCGCGCGUCACAGCCAAUCGGGGCCCGCGCCGGAACUCUGGGCGCAGCUGGGCGCGGAAGCAUGGGGCGGCAGCGUGUCCCCGCCCGUCCCGCUCCGCCCGCAGCCGGCGAGGCUGCGGCCUCUCGAGAGCCCAGGAGCGUCACUGCCCACCUCGGUCUGGGCCGACAGGUCGAAGCAGUGGGCGGAGACCCGGCCCGGAGACUGGCAUUUCUACAGCAAGCACCGUUAAGCGCCGAUCGUGUGGGAGGAUCCUGAGAGAAAGGCCGGAGCUGGAACUCGGAGCGCUCAUCGAGCCUACUGUGUGCGCCAGCUGUGUGCCAGCUCGGUGCUGUGCACCCCGCGGGGAGAAGCCUCCAGCUUGGUCCCCAUCCGGCCUCAGGAGCUCAUGUUCUUCCGAGAGAGGGGACAGGAUGAAAAUGACUAUAGGCCCUGGCAACCACGGAUCUGCUUUCUGCCUCUGUGGAUUUGCUUGCAGUGGACAUUUCCUGUAUGGAAUCAGCUUCCCCUUUGCAAGUGAUGUCCAGGUCUGCAUGCCCAGGGAGAUCAGUGUGUUAAAUGCCUUUAUCAUGUUGAUGGAAACUGACAAGCCCACUGGUAGAUCCUUACUGCGGGCUGGACUCCAUGCAAAAUGCUGGCAGACAGCUGAGAACAAGGUAGCGAUGUCCCUGCCCUCAAAAACAGGACCUCAGAAUGUGACUGUUUAGAGCUUGGGAAUUUACGGAGCUAAUGAGCAGAAUGAGGGCAUCAGGGUGGACCUUAAUCCACUAUGACAUGUCCUCGAAGGAAGAGAAAUGGGGACAGAGGCACGCACAGGACGACCAAAGACACAGGAAGGGGUGGCCACCUCCAGCCUGGGAAGCAGCCCCGCUGCCACCUCCUCCACGUCCAACUUGCAGCCCAGAAUUGGGGGAAGAUCCGUUUGUGGUGUUUUACCCCCCUGCCCUGCCCGUGGUACUUUGUCACGGCAGCCGGAGCUGCGGGUGGUGUGUGUGCUCGGAUGCGUGAACAGUCGGGCUCCGGACAGAGCUGCCUGUGCCAUCACUGGGCCCCAGGAGCCAGGGCUGGAACCUCUGCCGGGCUGGCCAGUGGGAAGCAGGCCUGGAAGGUGGGCUGCCCUCCUGCCCUGCUCAGACCCCAGGCCUCCGCCCUCGGCUGACCACCUGCCCAGGGGUCUGGGGAGCUGAGGUGGGAGGAGGCCUGGAGCCUCUCCCUCCUGCACCCAGGCUGCACCUCUGUCCCCGGCUCCAGCAGGUGAGGCCCUGAGGACACAUGCGGGGCCUGGGCGGGGGUGUGUGUAUGUGUGUGUGUGUGUGUGUGUGGGUUGCUCCUCCCUCCUUGUCUCUCUGGCUGUGAGGCUGCAGGGCCUUUGACUGCUGUGUAUUUCUUUCUCUGAGCUUCUUUCCAUAGCCCCCAUCCCUGCACUUCUGGGCUCCUCCCGUGUCCCUGUGGUGGUGUCACUGUGGGAUCAUCUGUCCCUCUGUGUUGAAGCUCAGUGAUUUGUUUCCUGGUUAAAGAGUGAUGGGUAAGUGGGCUCCAACUCCUGGGCUCAAGCAGUCCUCCUGCCACAGCCUCCUGAAUAGCUGAGAUUACAGGGGUGGGCCUCACUGUGUCCUACGUAGGAAUGACAUUCUGAUACCUGUGCUGUGGCAGGGAUGGAGCUGGGACACAUGGCAGGUGGAAGAGCCAGACAAAGGCCACAGCGACAGAAGGGAGACGGGGUGGGGGGCAGGGCUGGGUCUGCUGUUUAAUGUGCUGUUUGAUGUGUUUAAUGCUGUUUAAUGUGCAGUUUCUGUUGGGGAUGAUGGAAGGGUCACACGACUUUGUGAAUGUAACCAGUGCCACUGAGUCACACAUUGAAAAGGUGAAAGUGAUAAAUGUCACUGGAAAAAAGUUAACCCUCUGCCUACAAAUGAGUAGAAGAAAAGUCAGAAAAUAUCUUCCUGACUAGAAGUGAGAAGCAACUUUGGUUUUCUUCAGUAGUAUGGGUGGAGCCCAGAGCCUUUGCACUGAGCUACACCCUAGUCGUUCCUAUUUUUUAUUUUGGGACAGGGUCUCACUAAGUUGCCCAGGCUGGGCUGAAACUUGGGAUUCUCCCGCCUCAGCCUCCUGGAGUG